AUGUCGACGGUUCAACCUAUUCCAAUGCAUUACAAGGAGGAGAACUUUUCACUAUUGAAGGAUAUUGUGGUCGAUGCAAACUUGAUAACGCGUUUCAUCUCGAAUGUGAGCGAUGCUGAGCAGAUGUUCUACCCAUCAGCACUUGAGAUUGCGGUUGUGCAUGUCGCUGGCUCAAUUAAGUGCUUUCAAUUAUCGCUACCUAGUCUCCCAAAUCAGUUGUUAUCGACUAUCUGCGCCGACCUUGAAAUGCAUAUCGCUGACCCUACUUCUGCAUCGGCAUGGUUAUCUGCUUUUGGGUUUCUACAAGAUCUCUCGCACUGGAAUCUUACGAUGAUAGCGUUAGUUUGUUAUCUGCUUGGCUGUUCAUACUUCUGCGAUCAGCCGGCUUUGAGCGUUCACCAGCGUUGUUGCAGCACGCAACCGAGAGUUCAAAAUUGGGACGCCUUGAAGCGCUGGCAUACGAUUCAGCAAACGCUAAUGCAAACUAUAAACGCAGUCUUGCAUGCCAAUUUGUAUUCGGUACUAAGCACACUCAUAAGUCAUCAGCGAGCAGGAGCGAUUGUGCAUUACAUCAGACAUUCUGAUUCCACUGAGUCACGUCAUCUGAUCGCUGCAUGGAUUUGGCAGGAGAUUGACAAAGCUAGCAGGAAAUUACAUGAGACAACUGAACCUUUGUUCGCAAGGUUCUCUGGUCCUUUAAAUCCUGCCGGUCAGAAAGCCCUGGCUCAUGUUCAUGAUGUGUUCGUUGCUGGAGUGCACAUCAUUCUGCGCGAACUGGUUAACGUUGAGGAACGUGAGCAGGAUGAAACAAAGGAAUACCUGACAACACUGGAGGCUCGUCGUUUUGCAACGGAAAGUCUACGAUCUUAUUCCACGGUCAUUCACCGGCUGAUGACUGCACGGAUUCUUCCUGUCGCCGAGGAUAGAGAGAUCCGCUUAGCGAUGGGAAAAGUGUUAAGUGAGCGCAGAGCAAAAACUUCAGGUCAACUCAAUAUUGAUAAGCUUGUCUCUCGUAUGCGGCAAAAAUGUCCCUCUGAGCCGUUCUGGCACGCUGAAGGUCCUCAAUGGUAUCCUCCAGCCUUACUGAAUCUGCUAGCUCCGAUACUUGUUUUGAAUAUACCUAACAAGUGGAAAGGACAACUACUCGCUUUCUAUCUGUUGGAUUAUGCCAACUGCAAAACUUCACACAGUGAUGAAUUUGAAGUGUGCCCCUCCGUAAUCGAAACGGUGAAGAAACAGAUGUUUGGCAUCUUAGGCAUGACAAAGGAUGA